AUGUCGUUCCAUCCUUCCGACUCGACCACUCCUAACGUCCUCUACUCCCGUUCCCUCCUAGCCUUCCGAAGCUGCGUACAAUGCUCCUCUUCAGCGCCCGCUUGCCCGACCUGCGACGAUGGCUACACCUGUACCAUGGUCAGUCAAUCUUGCACCCAGUGCGCGACCACGAAAUGCGUCAAAUCCCCGACCAGCGGAGAUUCGGGUUCCUCGAGUAAUUCCGGUGGCGGCGGCACAGACGCCGGUGCUAUUGCAGGGGGUGUGGUCGGUGGUAUCGCCUUCAUCGCCAUAGUGACGUUCUUGGUAUGGUGGUUUUUCAUCAGAAAGAAGCGCAAGGAACAACAAGAAGCAUCCGAAGCGGAAAAGUCCAGCGUGGCUGCCGACACGAGACAGUCAAGGAAGUCCACGAAUUCGAUCGCCUCUACCGUUCUUACUCGCGCCUCGAACGUCAUCCAAAUCGCUUACAUUCCUGGUGUCACCAACCGCUCGCCCCCAGAGACUCCCGGCAGUCUGGUGCCCCCGGUUCCACCACUCCCUGGUGCCCACCCCGACCAACAUUUCUUUAUGCCGGGUGACCUUCGCGAUUCGGCCUGGUCGGAGAUGUCCAACGAACGUCGCAGCAUCGCCCCGAGUCUCCGCAGCAGUGUGGCCACCACCAUCUACCGCAACAACGCCAUCGUCAGUCCGAUGCCGGCUCAGCAAGUUAUGCGCACGCGUGCCGCCGUGGUCAACAUCAAUGGAGCCAACGGCGAUGCUCCCGCGGUGCCGGCCAUUACCCAGGCCCAGCUUGCCAAAGCCGGCCUCUCCGCGGCCACCACCAACAGCUCGAUCGUGGCCCGCACGGUGACCGCCAAACCAGUCAUGGUUCGAGGCGCAUCGAAAAAGAAGAAGGAAGCCACCAACGGCCCCGCCGGCGUCCACACCAUCGAGGAGCAAUCCGAGACCUCCAGUGCCAACGUGUCUCGAUCCACUAGCACCAAGCAACCAGACCCAGUCCCUACGUCCGGGUUUGACGCCAGUUCAUCCGAUGAGGAAGACACUACCAAGCGUUCUAGCCAGGCCCGCAGCGAUCACGCUACCGACGCCAAGACCGACGCGCAGUCGCGUCCCGCCACCGUGAUUGAAGAUUCGCCUGCCGUCAGCCAGAGCCCGUUCCAAGACCAUCCCCGGGCCGAACCCAGCGCCCGGGCAUCCUCACUCCUCGAGACCCCGGAAGGGACACGCUCGAAUCGAAGCAGCCGACACAUUCCACCGCGAGUGGAAAGCCCGUUCUCGGAUGCGAAUGAGGUGAAAUGA